AUGAAGGCAAUUCAUAACUUAAGUUCAGUCGCAAUUGUAGAUGGUGGUGAUGACGAGGCCGGUGAAAGAAUCGUUGAAUUAGUCGAUAAUUUAUCAUCUUCGGAUAUUCGCUACCUAAACGUCGACAAUAUCGCUGAGUGCUUGUUACCAAUUACAGCAUUUCUUGGAAAGAUUCGUACGCACCCGAAAAACAUUAUUUUUUGUCAUGAAGAUACAAACUUACAAGAAAUCAUGAGAGUUUCAAUUGAUAAUGGAGUUCAUCAUGUUUGGGUAGUUGAGAAAGAGUCAAAAAAACCUAUAGGUGUUGUUAGCAUGAGCGAUAUGCUUGCGAUGUUUAUCGGUGUUCAGGAAGGUUGA